AUGGGAUCGAUUUUAUCAACUCUUCUGCGCUCCUUGGUGCCUACUAUCCGUGCGACUAUCCCCUCUUUUCUUCUUACAUUUAUCUCCAAGCCCAAACCCGUCCACCCGCUUCAAACGUACCAAUUCGACAAAGAAGCAAUUCUAAAAAGAUACGAGGCCGAACGAGCCAAGAGGCUCCGGCAAGAUGGGGUCGCGCAAUUUCAAACCGCUCGCGAUGGUGCAUUUCAUCGUUUUCGGGAGGAUGUCGCCUCCGCGCCGGCCCGCGAGCCAACCCACGCGGAAACCAAGGUGCUCAUCGUGGGUGCCGGAUUUGCGGGCCUCGUCGCCGCGGUCAAACUGGAAAAGCAAGGAGUGCAGGACUUUCUCAUUGUGGACAAGGCAGCUGGAUUCGGGGGGACGUGGUACUGGAAUCAGUAUCCCGGGGCUGCUUGCGAUGUCGAGUCGCUGAUCUACCUGCCCUUUCUGGAAGAAACCGGAUACAUCCCCACGAGACGCUUCUGCUACGGGCCUGAGAUCCGUGAACAAGUAGAGCGCAUUGUAACCAAAUGGGACCUGGCACGCCGAUCCCACCUGUCCACAGAGAUCACGUCCGUGGUCUGGGACGAGUCGAUCCUCCGGUGGCAUGUCAACACCAACCACGCCGAUCAUUUUAUUACGCAGUUUGUGGUCAUGGCCACGGGGACCUUCCAUGAGCCCAAAUUGCCAGGCAUCUUGGGGAUUGAGAAUUUCCGGCGAGACCACUUCCAUAGCGGUCGCUGGGACUAUACGAUCACCGGCGGCGAUGAGAAUGGAAACAUGGACCGACUAGCCACUAAAACGGUGGGAAUCAUUGGGACGGGGGCUUCUGCCGUUCAGCUGGUACCAAAACUGGCCCAGGAUGCAAAGAAACUCUACGUUUUCCAACGAACCCCAUCUUCGAUCCGAUUCAGAGACAACCGGCUUUACGACCCUGCGGCACUGAGUGCAUCUUUGCGCCCCGGCUGGCAGACGCAGCGGAUGACGGACUUUGCCAACAUCCUCACAGGUGCCGUCGUCGACAAAGAUUGCGACGCGCUGGAGGGCCUGGAGGAGUUCACGAUGCGAGCGAUUCUCAAGGAAGGCACAGUCGCGGGUGUCACCGUCCAGCCCGAUCAGAUCCCCGAGCUGAUGCAGCUCGCUGAUUUCCGGCUGAUGGAGCAGAUACGGAAACAGGUGGAGGAGACGGUUAAGGAUCAUUCUACGGCGGCCAAGCUGAAGCCCUGGUACUCAUUUAUGUGCAAACGGCCGACAUUCCACAAUGACUACCUGGCUGCCUUCAACCGGCCGAACGUGGAGCUGGUCGACACCAACGGGCAGGGGGUCUCUUACCUCACAGAAACCGGGGUUGUUGCCAAUGGGACCGAAUAUGAGGUCGACUUGCUUAUCUACUCGACUGGAUUCGACUUUGACGUGGAAGCCAACUUCUAUCGGCGGACGGGGAUCCAGCUGGUCGGAACCAAGGCAAGAACCUUUGACGAGAAAUGGGACGAAAAGGGCCCGUCGACCUUAUUCGGCGUCCACAUCCGGGAAUUCCCCAAUCUGCUAUACGUAGGCCCUGCUCAGUCCGGCGUCACAGCCAACUGGACCCAUACGACCUACGCAGUGGGGGAUCAUAUCGCGGAAUUCGUGGCGCAAUGUCUGCGGGAUGAACGGUAUCAGGCCUUUGAGCCCACUGAAGAAGCCGAAGAGGAUUGGGGAAGGCAAAAUGAGGAAGGUAGCGAGAUGCGACUGCAGUUCGCGCAGUCCUGUCCUCCGGGGUACUACAAUCGUGAGGGCAAGCCCGAAGAGAUUCCUGCGCGUUGGGCGUAUUUUCCCAAAGGCAUCAUUGCAUGGACGAAGAUUACACGGGAGUGGCGGGAGGAAGGGGAGUAUCGGGGAAUGGAGAGACGGUGA